GUUUCUCCUAUCUUUUUCUUCUUGUCUUUUUGACCGAGGAAAGUUUUAAAAGUGUAGUAGCUAUAUGGAUUUUAUUACAAAGAUGAUUUUAUUAGGCUUAUGAGAUUUGGCUCUUCUUUCUAUUAAUAACCAAAGAUUGGUUCAUUGGGGGCGAUGGUAUAAAUACUAAUGAAUCUUCUUGUCAAGACUUUCUUUAUACUGUUGAUAUUUAAAUCUUGAGUAUGUGCCUGAUGGGUUCCUUUCCCAUUACUUAGUCAGGCUUAUUUCUUUGAUCUAGUAUAUGCAAUCAAAAUAUUGACAUAAAUAAACUUGUUGGACUUGGAUUUUAAUGUUUCCAACUAUGCUUACUUUAUAGGUACUUAUGGAAUUAGUAUAGUUGAUUACCCUUAAUUCAUCAUGAUUCAAAAAAUUCCUUUCUCACUCGGAUUAUCCAAUGUUAAGUUUGAGCUUUUACUGAUUUUAAUUGCAAAGAUGCGAUUGGUAGGUAAUAUGUGAUCCAUGAUAAUUACCAUUUGAAGAUAGAUAGAAAUUACAUAUGGAAAGCAAGGUGAACAAGAUCGUUCUAACAUAUCAGUGAUAAAACCUUUAAACCUUUUAGAUUGCUACAUUGGGAGGUGAAGUAUAUAUCCAAAUGUAAUAAAACCUGUUAAGCAUCAAACCUAAAUCCACCUGGUAAUACGUGGGGAGCUACGACCUAAAUAUAAAGUAACAAGUACAACAUUCUCUAAACUUAUGACAUAUGGGUAGCACCAUUUAACAAGUGACCUGUGCAUCCAAUAUUAAUGACUGAAAAAAAAAUUAAGUCUAUAAACAAGAAGCAUCUUAGGCUCUGGUAUAUGUUAAAUAUCCACUGAAGCAAUUAGGGGGGACCUUUAAAUCUGCCCUUUGGCUAGUUUUCUGCAUGUAUGGUAGGGCUGUUUACGUUUAUAUCGUGGACUGGAACAAGAGAAAGUAUUGGUCCACUACCUUUUCUUUUGUUAGAUACAAAUGUGAGCAUGAGAUGCAGAGACUGACUGCAAGGGCUAACAAUGAGAAGAUUGAUGGUAAAAUCAUCCAAGUGUCAAGGGUCUAUACUCCCCUAGAGGCUUGUCAACUUCCCCCAAAGUUUCUGAUGCUCCAAAGGACAAAUAUGAAUAAUCAAGCACGUGAGAACUAUCAGGGACAACAGAACAAGGAGGUUCUUCUAGGCAGAUAUCCGUUCAAGUCAAUUGAUGGUGUGGCCCCUCAAGGUGAUAGUAGAGUUAACAGACCAACCCACAAAUUGCCAUUUCCCUCGCCCCUGCCCACUAGAGUUAACAGGAUGGGAGAGAUAUAAACUUUUGGUCUGACUGCUGGCUUGGUACCUGUCCUCUCAAUGAGUGUUUUCCCCGGGUUUAUGCUUUUGUUGUUAAAAGGAGGGUAAGUUGUCUGAUUUUGGAACUGUCAUCAAUAGUAAGUGGAGUUGGAAUGUAAUUUUGAGAAGAAAUCCUUUUGAUUAGGAACUUGAGCAAACUGAAUGCUUUCCAAUAAACUCUCAACAAUCUACCUCCUAGCCCUCCUAUUGCUGAUUAUGUUAUUUGAGUGCUUCUACUAGCGGAUAGUAUACUGGAUAUCUUUUUUGUGCUUUUUUUCACCCAUGUCGAGGUUAGGGAAACUGGUUGGAAGCAUGUUUGUCUCAUUGCUCCCCUGAAGGUCGAAGUAUUUCUGGCAACUCAUUAGGUGCAGGUUCCCUACGAAGACUGAGUUGGCCAAA